GUCCCGCACUGCGCCGCGGCGAUGCAGCCUCGCUCCGCACGGGGGCGGCGCGCAGUGCGUGCAGAAGGCGCACCCUGCCCAGCGCCCAAAAGCCUCCGUGUGAGGGACGGGAACAGCUGACAGGCGGUCACGUGAUUCUCAGCGCAGCUGGGAUAGCUGCGAUAGUGGCGCAGAGGGAGCAGGUUGCUGCGGGGCGGCUCCAGUUCUGUGAGAGGCUACACUCUGAAGAAUGUUAGAUGACUGAAUAGUCUGCAAAACUAAAAAUAAAAGUAAUUAACCCAAAAGCACAACAGAAACUGAAAGACUGCCAUUUGGAAAAAGUCAUGGAACAAGAACAGGAUCCUGCUAUUCUAGAAGAUGCAAACAUUAAAGCUAUUAAAGAAGAGUUCAAGAAAGCCUUUGUCUUUGUCAAUAAAGGACUGAAUACAGAUGAAUUGGGUCAAAAGGAAGAAGCAAGGAAGUACUAUAAGCAAGGACUUGACCACUUGCUUAGAGGAGUUAGUAUUCCAUCACGAGGUCCUGAAUGUAUAGGAUCCCAAUGGGACUCUGCCAGACAAAUGCAGCAAAAGAUGCAAGAGACUUUACAAAAUGUUAGAACUCGGCUGAAUAUUCUAGAACAAAAUACCCCUGCUAUGCAAACUAAUGCCAUCACAAUGAAUGUGCCUCUAGAGGCGCCCAAGUUAUACCCAGUGAUUCCCACUAAUGAAAAGCCAGAAAGGCCCCCUGCACCUUAUUCUCUUAUUCCACCAUCUGGGCCGCCUGCAGAAAAUGAAAAUGUUGCAACUACAAGCAAAGGGCAACUUCCGGCUAUGACUCCUUCAUCUCCAAAAGCUCACUCGCUACCACAUGAAGCUCCUCCUGUGUAUACCCCUCAAGCUACUGAUGGACACUAUACUGUAUCUUACGGUACAGACUCUGGGGAGUUUUCAUCAGUUGGAGAGGACUACUACACAAAAUGUACUCAGCCACCUCCCCUUGAAAGUCUAGGAGUAGAUGCAGAUGAAUUGAUCCUGAUUCCCCAAGGGGUACAGAUAUUCUUUGUGAGUCCUGAUGGGCAGGUUAGUGCUCCUUCGUAUCCUGGAUACCUGCGCAUUGUGAAGUUCUUGGACACUGAUGGUGCAAUGGCCCAGAAUCGUCCCCCUGCGUUUCUUCAGGUUUGUGAUUGGCUGUAUCCUCUUAUGUGCAACCAGUCUCCUGUUCUGUGCUGUAAUACUGGAGUCUACAUGUUUCCAGAUUUGAUGUCGCAGGUGCCAGGAUCCCACGUGGGAGUAGUGCUGUCUUCAGAACUCCCAGCAGCUGACAGAGAGCUUUUUGAAGAUCUGUUAAAACAGAUGUCUGACCUCAGAGUCCAGGUGCCAAGAUCCCAUGAGGGAGUAGGAUUAUCUUCAGAACGUGCAGCAGCUGACAGAGAACAUUAUGAGGAUAUGUUAAAACAGAUGUCUGACCUCAGAGUCCAGGCUUUGGAAGCUUCAAGUGAUGUGAUUAACCUGGCCCAGACUGUACGCAUCCAACCAGAGCCUGAAGGAGGAGAGAGAGAAAGAGAGUUACCCGAGUGGAGUGAGAAAGUAGCCCAUGGAAUCUUGUCAGGAGCAUCCUGGUUGAGUUGGGGUUUGGUCAAGGGAGCAGAAUAUACUGGCAAAGCAAUCCACAAAGGAGCUUCCAAAUUGCGAGAACACAUUCAGCCAGAAGAAAAACCUUUGGAAGUAAAUCCAACUGUAGCAAAGGGGCUGCAUGUAGCAAAACAAGCAACUGGAGGAGCUGUAAAAGUCAGCCGGUUUUUGGUUGAAGGGGUGUGUUCAAUAGCAAGCAGUAUUGGAAAAGAGUUAGCCCCACAUGUGAAGAAGCAUGGGAGCAAAUUGGUUCCUGAGUCGCUUAAGAAAGACAAAGAUGGAAAGUCCACUUUUGAUGGUGCCAUGGUUGUAGCAGCAAGUGGAAUUCAAGGGUUUUCAACAGUAUGGCAAGGUUUGGAAAGUGCAGCAAAAUGCAUUGCUAAUAGUGUUUCAACCGAGACUGUUCACACUGUCCAGCACAAGUAUGGGGAUGAUGCAGGCCAUGCUACAGACAACGCUAUGAAUUCUGCAAUCAAUGUUGGUGUGACAGCAUUUAACAUUGACAACAUUGGUAUCAAAGCUAUAGUGAAGAAAACUGCAAAAGAGACUGGUUAUGCUGUGCUGGAUGAAUAUAAAGUACUAGAAAAGGAGAAAAAGGAUGGAAGAUAAAACAUUUAAUUUCCCAAAGCCUUACAGUACAGAUGUAACUUAUUAUAGGUUAGCAUUAUCCCAUUACUUUAAAAUAGUAAGUAUUUAUUUUUAUAACUGUCUCUUUACGAAAAGUAAUUCUUUACAUACUUGAGAAAACUGAAGGCAUAAAACUAGUGAUUUUCUGAGUUGAAAGUACCCUUCAUUCAGCACUUCUGCAUCAUGUAUCAGUCUGACAACUGGAAGGAUAUGGAUUUGGAAUUACAUGUAGUAUGUUCAGGAUAAAAUCAUCUCCAUAAUCUAAUUUAAAAACUCUAUUUUUUGAAAAUAUAAACUGGAACAGUACCAUGAAUGGAAAUAUGAACUUGUCUUGAGUAUUUUUGUAACACUGUUUGUAAAGAAAAAGGGUUGGUACUCUGAAUAAAUCUAAUAGGGUUCAUGGUUUAUUAAUUCCACUUUUAAUUAUUACAGUUGAAAUGAGUUUACAAAGGCAGAAUUGUCUCCUCUAAUUAUAUGCACUAAGAUCAGUUUUGGGUUCCAUUCUUUAGUUUCUAAAGAUUAGAGAAAUUCCUUUACGACAGCUAACAUUUAAAUAGCAGCUGAGCUAAUAACCAAAGUCAUAUUAAAAGAAAUGAAAGAGAACCUCAGGUAGCCUCCCUCCUUUUAAAGUUAAAUGCUUUUCAGAACAAAUAUUUAUGUAAACCAAAGACUUAAACCACACUGUUUAUUAGGGUGACAAGUAGUCUCUGUACAAAAGAACCAACUCAAAAAUAAUCAGAAUACUUACAAGUUAGCAGUAAAAAGAGAAUUCAAUAAUUCUGUGCAAUUUUUUUUCCCUGGGCGGGGGGAGGGAGAGGAGAACUAAUUCUGUAGUAC